AUGGACACAUCCUUCCCAACUACCUCGAUAAAUUCAAAGUCGCAGGUGUUACCACAAGGAUCACAACAAAGUCUACAGAAUACAUCCGCAAUACCAAAACCAUUCAUUAAUAUUGUGGAACAACCAGCUACAAAAGCACUAAGAUUUCGUUAUAAAUGCGAAGGACGUUCAGCUGGUUCUAUACCAGGUGUAAAUUCGACACCUGAAAAUAAGACAUAUCCCACCAUUGAGAUUGUGGGUUAUGAAGGUGAUGUUGUCAUAGUGGCAUCAUGUGUGACAAAGGAUCCACCAUAUAGGCAACAUCCACAUUAUUUAGUUGGGAAAGAUGGUUGUAAAGAUGGUAUAUGUACACUUGUUCUGACUGGGGAAACACGGCGUGCAGUCUUCUCUAAUUUAGGUGUACAAUGUGUGAAGAAGAGUGAGAUUAAAUCUGCUUUGGAAGUACGUGAGCGACUGCAAGUAGAUCCAUUCAGAACAAGAUUUGGACACAAAGAUCAACCAUCCAGUAUUGAUUUGAAUGUGGUACGUUUAUGUUUCCAAGCAUUCUUAAAAACUGAAUCAGGUGUGAAACCAUUACAACCUGUUGUAUCGGAACCAAUUCACGAUAAAAAAGCUAUAUUGGACCUUGUAAUUUAUAGACUUUGUUGCUGUUCAGCAAAAGUGGAUGGUGGUGAUAGAAUUAUUUUGCUAUGCGAAAAGAUUGCCAAAGAUGAUAUUAAGUUUAUUAAGAUACGAUUUUAUGAACUGGACAAUGAUAAUCAACUCAUUUGGGAGGAUUAUGCUGAAUUUCAGCCAACGGAUGUACACAAGCAGACAGCUAUCGCAUUUAAAACUCCUCGUUAUUAUAAUGAAGACGUUUCAGAGAAAGCCAAGAUUUUUAUUCAAUUGGUGCGAUCAUCUGAUGGAGUUCAGAGCAAACCUUUACCGUUCGAGUACUAUUCGGAUCUAGAUCAAACAAAGCGUAAACGUCUUAAGACUGGCGGACAUCCAAAGAAUAUACUCAGAACAGAAUCACAAAAAUAUGCUAAUCGACAACAUUACCAUUUUCAAAAUGAUAUUGAAGAUACUUCAAAUAUGAAGAAUAAUAAUUUCUGGAACAUACCAACGUUACCUGCGACCGAAGUCGAAUCAGAACUUUCACCAGUUAAUGAUAAUGCCAAUUUACAAAAUAUGUCACAGUUCCGGAAUUUAAUGAUGCCAGUAAUACAACAACAGCCAUCACAUCAACAAGAUCAGCAACAACAACAACCUUUAGUUUAUGAAGAGAAUAAAGAGCAUCAACGCCAACAGCAAUACCAAUAUCAACACAAUAACGAAUGCCAACAGCAGCAACAACACCAUCACCAUCACCAACAACAUCAACACCAACCAUCACAAAAUACAAUGAACUUUUUACCAAAUGUCUCAGGAGAGGAGGGCACCACUCUUAGUGGAUUAUUAGCCUUUGUAGAUGGUGAAAAUUUCAUAAAUUUCACUUCAGAUGAUUUGCGAUUAUCCAACUUAUCGAUAACAACAUAA